UAGACAACGAAAACGUUCAAAAAGCUAUGUCACACAUGUUUAAGAUUUUGAAAAAAUCGCUAUGGUAAAAUUACACAAAAAAGUAUAGCAUGUGAUAAAUUCUAUCGUUCGUCGCCAAAGCGUUUGAGUAGCCUCCGUGAAGGUCAAUGCACGUUCGGAUUCCAUUGCACGCAUCGUUAAACGACAAAAGAGCAACGCACACAAAUGUCUAGCUAGCAGAUUUUCAACGGAUUUAAUGUGCAUUUUCGAUCAACCCUUGUAAGCUUAUUACCUGAUUAUUGUGUCGCGGGUGACACCGGUUUCUUGGUAUCCACAAUAGAGGGAUCGACUUACAGUUUUAAAGAAGUUGUUCUUGCAAAGUUAUUCAAUUUGCUAAGGACUUAUCUUCGUGAAUCAUGAGCCUAACGGGACAUGAGGAUGAUGUGCAUUUUAAGGCAACUUUCGAGCAGGUGGAGGGCUCACGAUCGAAAGGCGUUAUAACGCUGACGAUUGAUACCCCAAACUGGGAAAAGGUCAACGGAAUUGAGCUUUGGAAACACAAGGAGGGUGACAAAAUAACAUGGACGGUCGAGAAAGUUACAAUGGAUGAAACAUUAGCUGUGGAACAGUCAUUAUUAGGAGUUUACCCCAUCACUCCAACCAAGCAGGAGGUCUACUCGUCUAUUGCCUGGUGCGCUAAACAUGACGGCUGUACGAGCCUUCCACAAUGUGAUCCCGACCAAGAAAAAAGAAAAAGGAAGUUGCUAAGAACGCGCAAGCUGUACGAAUACACACAAAGAUCCCCGGGGAUUCCUUGUCAGGUUAGAAAGGUCCCAGACAACCACACAUUGCAUUACUUGAGCGCUGCAAUACAACAGAAGUUAUUGGAGCAUAAUUCAGCAAUUUGGAACAAACAUUGUCGUCCGUGGAAAACAGCUAAAGACGUUGCGCACAUCUAUGGCUGCGUGUUUCAACAGCCGUCGGACAUUACACGAUGGGAAGACGAUGUGAAAUUUGGAUUGCAGCGUUUUGCUGGCACAAACAACACCAUGAUACGGCUUUGCACGGAAUUACCGGAGAAACUUCAGGUUACCCCAAAAAUGCUCAAACCGUUUCUAGGAAAAUACACGCUGGACAAGGCGCUGAAGAAAAGGCGACUGUUUGUCGUAGACCACGCUAUUUUGGAACGUUGUCCUACUGUUUUAAACACUACAGUAUGCAGUCCCAUAGCGCUGUUUUACAGAGACAAGCGCGACAGGAUUGUGCCCAUUGCUAUACAACUUUUCCAAGAAAAAGCAGAAGACAAUCCCGUUUUCUUGCCUUCUGACGACAAAUACACGUGGAUCAUCGCGAAGAUGUGGUUCAAUAACGCGGACGCCUGUGUCCAUCAGGCGAUAACCCAUCUUGGAUACACGCACAUCGUGAUGGAGGGGUUCGAGGUAGCCGUGUAUCGAAAUCUCUCCAAGUCACACCCGAUGUUCAAGCUCAUGGCACCGCACUUUAUGUAUCUUAUGACAAUCAACAAUCUUGCAUUAGAUUUGCUACUUGGGCCCGGAAAGUAUUUUGACACGGUUGUUUCUGUCGGAACGAAGGGUGCAUAUGAAUUGAUCAAGCGUUACAGAACCAAAUGGAGGCUCAACGUAGAUGGAACGCUCCCGGCCGACCUGAAAGAGCGUGGUGUAGACAGUCCAGAAAUAGUCCCAAACUACCCCUUUCGCGAUGAUGCGCUGCUGACGUACAACGCGAUCCUGCAAUACGUUACCGAUUACGUGCACCUCUAUUACCCAUCCGACGAUAUGCUAAAUGGCGACUAUGAGAUACAGUGCUGGCGGGCAGAAUUGGACAGACCGAUUGAACAGGGAGGCCUAGGUAUAAUGGGUGUCGAAGGGGUCGACGGAAGGUUUACAUCACGUGACCAGCUGAUUCAAGUUGUCACGAGCAUCAUUUACACUUGCAGUGUGGGACACGCCGCUGCGAACUUCAAACAGUACGACGAGUACGCCUUCCCCAUGAACUACCCGUCUCUGCUUCGAGGACGACCGCCUAGUGACAAAAAACGCCGAACCGAGAGCGAUGUGAUUGAAAUCAUUCAAGACCGGGCUAAUCACUAUCAGCUCAUGACCAUAACAAAGAUUCUCAGUGACCACUCUUACGGAAAUCCACUUGGCGAUUUCGACGAAAACUUCAUCACUGACCCGAAAGCAUUGAAUCUUGUAAAAGAAUUUCGGGCCAAACUCGAUGAGGUGAGUGAAACUAUAAAUGAGAGUAAUGAAAUUCGAGAAACCAGGUACGAUUACUUGGAACCAUCAAAAAUUUCAAAUUCCAUCAACAUUUAAGAUUAUUCAAAUGACGAUUGAAGAUGUCUGCGAUGAAAAUUUAAACACGGUAUUAACUUGUAUGAAUUUAUAUAAAAGAUUAAGAAACAAAAUGACUAAUAUUCAAGUGUCUAAAACUUCAGAAUGUAAUUACACUAACACAGCCCAAGAAGAGAUAACUUUAUAUCAAGUUUAGCUUGCGCUGUGUAGUUGAAGAUCAAAUGCGGUGGUGUUGUUUAUUUGAAGUUUUUACCUGCGUUUUAAUUGUAUGCUUUUUGAAUAUCGCAUUCUUUUGUAUUAAGCAAUACAAAAAUGUGUUAAUAAAAGAUUUGCUCUUA